CCAUCGGCACCGUUGCCUGCGAUCCCUCAAUUUCUGGUAGGAAUCUUCAGCAGUCGCUGUCUGAGCUUUUUUUUCACCAGUCUAAACCAGUUCUUGAUCUUGGCCCAAGUGGGGGGAAAAAACAGUUUUUUGACCACACACAACAUCGAUUGAUUGGUCGGAGGUUAAUGGGUGUUUGUCUGAUUGAGCCGAAAGGAAAGGGGUUUAUGAUCUCAAUCUUUCUUCUCCACCCUAAUCUCGUUCAGACUAGGCAGCCAAGUGAGUCACCCGACACGUAUUAUCAGCCUUACAGAGUCCGAAGUUCUCACGAUAACAAUGGCAGCAUCAGCAGGCGUUUUCCAGACUCGUCCAUGGUGAUGUGAUGUGAGACUGUCAUCUACCAAGCAGCCACACGAUUUCAAGAUUCCGCUUGAGUACUGAUAAUUUUCAAAUGAUGGGUAAUGGUGGCAGUCUUAUGAGAUUUUUCCUCAGGAAGACAAUGGAAACAGAGAGCAGCGUUACAGGAGGAUACCGGCGCAGAUUCACUGGGUUUUUGCGGAAAUGCAUGUUCAGUGUUUUGUCCAUGGGUCCUGUUCCCAACCAUAUUGCUUUCAUCAUGGACGGGAACCGACGGUACGCUAAGAAACGAAACCUCCAGUUAGGGGAAGGCCACCGGGCAGGGUUCGCCUCACUCAUGUGGAUCCUUGGCUACUGCUACGAGCUGGGUGUGAAGUAUGUCACAAUCUAUGCCUUCAGCAUUGAUAACUUCAAGAGGCGGCCCAAUGAGGUCCAGGUUCUGAUGGACCUGAUGCUUGAGAAGAUUGAUGAGCUGCUCAAGGAGGAGAGCUUAGUGAGGCAAUACGGCAUUCAGCUAUAUUUCAUCGGUAACUUGAAGCUUCUGAGCGAUAAUGUGAGGGAAGCAGUAGAGAGGGCCAUGGAGAUCACGGCCAAGAACAACAAGCUUGUGCUCUUAAUCUGCGUACCCUAUACUUCAACAGAUGAGAUCUUGCACGCGGUCGAGGAAUCGUGCCAGGACAAGCUUGACCAUAGCCAGGCGGUCAAGCAGACAAAUGGCUCAACCGAUCACUGCAACCAAACGUCACAGGAAGAUCACGAACAUGAUAUAAAGGUGGUCGACAUUGAGAAGCGGAUGUACAUGGCAGCGGCUCCUGAUCUGGACAUCUUAAUAAGGAGCUCGGGUGAAACCCGACUCAGCAACUUCCUCCUCUAUCAAUCUGACAAGUGCCAGCUCUACUCACCAGCAGCACUGUGGCCGGAGCUCGGGCUGUGGCACUUCGUGUGGGCGGUGCUAAGCUACCAGAGGAGCUACUCUUACUUCGAGAAGAAGAGGAAGCAGUUGUGAUUCGGGCUGGUCGGAUACAUGUUUGUUGUGUACAAUAAUGCGCCGUUCAUCCCUUCUGGGUUUGAGCUCCGUAGUUGGAAGCAUCAUGUAUACACACAGAUUAAAAACUGGUGGUGUAUGGCUUCCAUUAUAAAGUAAUAUGAUUAUCCAUUAAAAAGAAAAAGGUAAUAUGAUUUUUUUUUU